ACUGGACCAUGCCCUGCAAAAGCUGGAGGAAGCCAAGAAAGUUGCUGAUGAGAGUAAGAGUGGUAUGAAGGUUACCGAAAGCUGAGCCUUAAGAGAUGAAGAAAAGAUGGAACUCCAGGAGAUCCAACUCCAACAAGCUGAGCAUACUGCAGAAGAAGCAGACCAGAAGUAUGAAGGGGUGGCUCAGAAGUUGGUGAUUACUGAGGGGGACCUGGAAUGCACAGAGGAAUGCGCUGAGCUGGCAGACUCCCAUUGCCAGGAGGUGGAUGAGCAGAUAAGACAGACGGACUGGAACCUAAAGUGGCUGAGUGAUGCACAAGAAAAAUACUCUCAAAAGGGAGACAAAGAAGAAGAAAUAAAGAUUCUCACUGUUAAAUUCAAGCAGGCAGAGACUGAUGCUGAGUUUAUGGAGAGCUCAGUACCCAAGCCAGAGACGAUAACUGAUUUGGAAGAUAAGCAGAAAUGCACCAAAGAGGAGCACCUCUGUACACGAAGGAUGCCAGAGCAGCUUCUGCCUGACCUGAAUGAUAUGUAUAGCACCCCAAUCCCACCCUGUGGCUGCUCCUCCCCACGGACACUGGCUCCAGCCUGA